GCGCCGGUCCGGCAGCAUCGCCUCGCAGGGCGGCCCUGGGGCCCAGCCAGUGGGGGGUCCUGAGAACCGGCCACCUGACGGCACGGGGUGGAGUGCUGUGGACAGGCCAGCUAUACUGGCCAGGAGGUGGGUGGUGAACUGUUGGGCCCAAGCCUGAUGUCUGUUCCAAAGUCCAGCCAGCCUGUGGGUCCGCGGGUUCCCUGGAGGGGGCACCGAGCUGUACCGAUGCUCAGAGCUAAACUGGGGCCCCACGCAGUGGACGGGCCUCCGAGGGUUCCUUGGAGGCAGGGUGUGGUCUGGCGGGGACAGCGGAGCAGCCAAGAGACGGGAAGGGCAUCCGCCAGGCAGGAGCAGCAGGGCCAAGGCAGGGUGGUGGGGGUGUGGAUCUGGAGCUGCCCGCCUGCCAGGCCCUUGCCAGCCAGGAAGGGGCUCCGGCCUCAGGGGGUGGGAGGGGAGACGGGAGGUGGCUCCAGCCCCCCAGGUUCCUGGAUGAAGGGCGUGUCUUUGAAGCGGUUCUGUGCCUCCCAGCACUGCCCCGCCCCACCCCCUUUGUAGCUGGAAUUGUGAGCUCGGGGCCCACCAGGCUCUCCCAGAGGUGCCCAUCUCCACCGGCUUGAGUCGCAGGUGGGCUGGGCGCGUCCUAAUCGGAGCUGAGGCGGCUCACUGGGCACAGCGUGGCUGGCCGUCGGAGCCCCGCGUGGGGGCCUCUGGGGGGUGGGGGCGGGCGUGGCCCUGGUGAACGCAGGGCCCGGGCCAGGCGCGCGGCCACUAGCAUGUAUUGAGCACCUGCUGUGUACCGGACGUCAGCUCUGAGCAGACGGGCUCCUGGGGAGCUGUGACACCAGCGCAGCCAGAAGCGCGGGGAGGGGGUCGCAGGGGACGCACGGCGAGGGCCUCCGCUGUGGGCCGGGAAGACCUCACCCCGGCAGAGAGGACCCCCACGGUCUCCCAGGGAUGUUAGAGAUGCUCUCCUGCAGUUCAGCUCGAGUAGCCCUGUGAACCUCAUCGUGAUCCCGAGGUGCCAGUGAGAGAGGGCUGGAUUGAUUAGUGAUGUCUGCAGGGCACCAAAGAGAUGAGGGGCUCGUAUGUCUUCUGGGCUCCCUGCUUACCUCUUUGCCGUAUGUGCACGUCUGAGGCCUGGAGAGGGUAGGGUUGGCUGCUGGUCACAACCAGGAUGGGAACCGCAACCACAGACUCAAGGCCAGGGGUGAGUCAGUCCACUGAGAGAGCACCCUGGGUCAGACAGGCCGGGGCCCCCAUGCUAGCCCAGCGCUGGAAGGGGCAUUAGCACAGCCACUCCACUGCCGUCGGGACUCCUCGGCCGCCCCCUUAUCACCUCAGUGACCCAGUGACAGGCGGGGAGGGGCCCCAGGAGCCCUGGCCGGCCAUGCCCACAGCAUGCCUUCUCCGCACACAGUGCACCUGGCCAGGGACAGGCCUCAGGCCACAUGUCUACGCAGCCCGCACCACCAGCUGGGCACGGCUGAGCUGGACACCCACCUGCGGGGCCAGGCCUCUCCACACGCGGGGGACAGAGCUGGGGGGCUGGGGUCCACUCUGCUGCCCCAGUUUCCCCAGGUCUAGGGCGAGGUAACAACAAGGCACCUACAGACUCCAAGUCAGCCCUGCCUUGGCCCCAUGGCUCCCACACUCCAGGGACCACCACCAGUCCAGGGAUUGGACCCUGAGGCUGCACUCUGGAGCGUGACUGUGGGGAUGAAAGGGCCGGGCCGUCCUCAGAGCAGCCCUGGGGCUGGUCCACGUCACUGCCCGGAGGCAGCACACCAGACUCCAGCCUGGCUCUGGAGCUCGGGCUGUGUGUGUGUGGACGCUGGCCCAGCUGUCUUGCGUCGGCCACCGCCCACCACACAGCCUUCUUAGCAUCCACAUCCAUGUUCUACAGACGGGAAGGCAGAGGCCCCUGGAGAUCAGGGCCUGGCCCCAGGGCAGCCGUGGGGGCUGUGGCUCGGGUGGGUGCACCCGGGAGCUUCCUGCGCUAUUUGCAUCUUCGGGGGGCUGCGGGGGGGCUCCCUGUCGGCCCCUGCAGAUAGGAAUUUCUGUGUAGUGGGCAGCGAUGGGCCGAUAAGCGGCCACUGGCCAACCGCCGUGGUGGCCGUCCUCUAUCAGACCCCAAACAGGCCACACUUAUCGCCUGGCCGGGAAGCCAGAGAGGCCCCGUGGGCUCUUAUCUUGUAGGGGCCGCCCCAAUGGCGAUGGGAGGCAGGCCUUGCCGGGGCCGGCUGGAUCGGCGUCCCCAAGGGCAGUGCCCAGCCCAGGGUCCGGCCAGCCAAGGGGAAGGGGUGUGCAGCCACGCCUCGCCAGGUCCUGGGGCUCUGGUGGUUCCCCAGCCCCUCCCGCACGGUCCCGCUGACCCCCUGCCUGUGCUCGUCUCCCCCUCCCCAUCUGAGGAUCGCUUGUUAUCCAGUUGUUCCUCCUGCCCCAUCCCACGUGAGGACUGCCACCCUGGGGACCUGGCUUGUCAGGCCGGGGUUGGGGGAGUGGAACCCUGCCUUUCCCUCCGGGAUGGGGGUGCCAGCCAGGAUCACGCACACCCUGUCUGGCCUGGCUCUGGGGGCCACUGGCUGGCUCGCUCACACCUGGUGCGGCCCCAGCAGGGGGUUGCCCCCUACCUCGCCUUUCCGGCCGCCAUCUUCCACUGGCUAGGACAGCUCCUGGGUCAGACCCAUGCCAGGUGUGGGCCGAGGCCGCAAGGUCCCAGGGCAGGUGACUCGACCUGGCAGAGAAGCUGGGCCACACGCCUCUCUGCAGCCACGCGUGGGUCUGGUGCAGCUGCCCUUCCUGCAGGGGUCCAGGCCCUGAGCAAAGACCCCAGGAGACACCCCCAGCCCAGGCAGAAGGGAGGCCUUCCAGCCCCUCUUCCCAGGGGGCCCUGCACUGCACCACACACACAGCCAAGUCUGGGCUGCAGGGUGUGUGAGGGGCCUGUCAGCUCCAGCCCCGUUACUGCCCCCACACCAGCUCCCUCCUCCCCACGCCGGCUCCCCCCACCCCACCACGACCCCAGAGCUCCAGAAACAGGUGGGGAGGCGCUCCAGAUGUCGCUUCACUUCAGACGUCACGAGCAUUGUCAGCUGCCGGCAGCCACUUCUCAAGUGCAGCUGCUUCAGGGGGAGCCCUGUCCAGCCCCAGCUGUGCUGAGAGGCCGGGACCUGCCUGCCCAGGCCUGGGACCAGCUUUGCUGAGUGACUGUGGCAGGUUGCCUGACCUCUCUGGGCUUGGUUUUCUCAUCUUUAUAACCACACAGAGCGGAGCCAGCUCCCCACUCAGUGCUGUCAAUCUGCUGAGACGGCCCAGGCCUCUCUGGGUCAGGGAGGGUCUGGGGGAGAAGCUGCUGUGUGAGACCACGGAGUAGGGAGGAGCCCCUGCUGGUAACAGGCACCUUGGCCAGGGGUCCCGGCUGACCGUCAGGAGCCCGGGGUCUGGACUGGGUCUGCAGAGAGGUUGCUCCCCUCCUCUGAGCAGCAGGGGCAGCAGCACUGGGGGUGAGGCUGGUGCAGAGGCCAUACCAGGUGGGCGGGGCACCCCCAUCCUCAUGGUACCCAAACACCACCAGCUCCGUGGACUGUCUAGGAGGGGCGGGUCCUCGCCAGAAAAGUGACCCCGAGGGGCUCGCGGGCACAAAGGUGCUGAGGUCAGCAGGUCCGCGUGGAUGUGGGAGAGGAGUGCGCCAGGACCCCAGGCUGCUGAGCAGGGUGCAGGCGGAAGGGUCUGGUCCCGGGAGAGGGGGUCCCUUGGGGCCGCCACGGGAAAGUGAAUGAGAGCAGAGCAGGGACCUACCCCCAGCCUUGAGUCUGUGGGGCGGCUACAGUCUGCAAUGGGGAGGGGGUGUUGGGCGGGGGCUGCCCUGCCUGGCACUGUCCUCAUCUCCCGCUGAGCCACCAGCCCAAGUGAGAGGAUAGAGGAGAGGGGCAGACGGCAGGGACCGGGAGAGCCGGGUGUUUUUAUCUUUGAAAUGACCUUGUUUGUGCAAGGGGCUGGCUGUUUAGAAUUCCGAUAUGCAGAUGGCUGGGAGUUAUAAUCUAAAAUCCCCACCUCGCAUCUGUGACGGCCCUGCCCUGCCUCUGCUCCAUGGCCCCAGUGACAGGCUCCCCCUUUGCCUCCCCAGUGAAUGUGCAGGAAAAGCAGAAGGUUGGGCACACAGGCAGCCCCCGGGAGGGCUACGAGCCCUGAGGGUCCCCUUCAACUGUGGAGGGUCCUGGCCCUAUCACCCACCUCGUGGCCCCCACUGCAGUGGCGGUUGGCAUGGCCUCAGCCUCCUGGCUAGGGCAUGAGAAACAGAGGGAGCAGUGAGUGGGGGCUGGGCUGGGUUUGGGCCCCCAGGGACCCGAGAGCCUAUGCAGCCAGACCUCGUGGGGGUCCCCUCCCCCCAGGGACUUGCUUGGGGCAGACCACGUGAGCACGUACCGUCCAGUUCUCCACGUGCCUGUCCGGGAGGCAGCGUGGUUCAGACACCCCUGAGUGCAGGGCUGUCUACCUCAGGGGCAGUGAGUAGCUGGGGAGCGAAGGGGUGAACCUCAGGGACCCCAGGGCUCCCCACCAGCUCUGGUGGCUAGUCAAGUGGCCCUGAGGGUGGCCUGCACUCCACAGAUGGCCAGACCCGUGACCUGACAGUGUGGUCAGAGCCCCAGGAACAGGGUCCCUUCACCUGUAAGUGUAUCGGGGCCUGGAACUCUUUCCUGGUGACCUCUGUUUACAGGACAAAAUUCAGAUGACCAAACAUGAGGUGUCACCUUCUCGGUUCUCAGCUUCAUCCCAGGCUCUUGAGGCCGAGAUGGGAAGGCUGGCCACGUCCCCACCACACCGCAGGUCAGCAGAGGGGACAGCCAGGUGGUCAGGCCAGGACAGUACCAUAGGUGUACCCCACGCCCAAGGUGCAGCCUAAAGAAUACACUGGAGUGGGCUGAGGGUGUUCAGGUGAGGAGCGGGCACGUGCAAACGCCCUGAGGUUUGGACAGCAUGGGUACGGCUGGAGCGGGGUUGGGGAGAGACAGGACAGGGCAUAGAUGGGUCAGGGUUUGGGCUCAAGGCCAUGGACUGUAGUGAGAUGCGUCCCCUGCCUCGGCUGUAACAUGGGGUGGGUGUGAAGCAGGCCGUUUGGUUGGCUGCUGCGUGGAGAGUGGGCUAGUGGACACCACCUCUGGGAGCAGGGGCGGGUAUGGCAGCUGCAGUUUUCCACUUGGGCCCCGGAGCCGCUCCCUCUCUGUGCAGGGUCCCGGGGGUCUGCCGGAGGCCUGGCAUUCUCGCCCAGAAGCGUGCACAAGGGCAUCGGGCUGGCCGUCUGGGUGCACUCAGUGGACUAAUCUUGCCGCCUGGAGUUUCUCUGCAGACCUCAAGAUGUCCCCGGAGAGACGUGUUCCCUGAGACCACCCCCAAGCCCCGUCUAGAGGGCCCUCCACCCACCCUGACUGCCUUCACAGCUGAGUGGACAAGGACUGGAGCAGCGGGGAGGGGCUCACGGAGGAGGGCGUCGUAGGUCUCCGCAGUGACCUUCCUUCCCAGGUGUUUACCACGCACCGCCAGCUGGAAAGGGGAGGUGUGUCCGGGUGAUGUGGGCCAUUAGGAGCAAGGAGUGGGGGUCUGCAGCUCAGGAGUGGGCCAGGGAAGGGGGUCGUUUAUUCGCUCAACAAACCCGUGCUUCCUGCACGUGCUCAGUGCCGGCCCCCCAGGGGGCUGUUGUUUUGAUCAGGGAGACAGAGACUAAUAAAGAAGUAAAAGCAUCACAUGUCCAGGGGAGUAGAGGGGGUGAGGCUCUUGAAUGAACUGAGGAGCAGUUCUGAGUCGGGCGGCCUGAGCUGUGUUUGAGCAAAGACCAGAAAAGUGAGGGGAGCCGGCCGCCGUCUGGGGACCACUGACCGGGACGGUCUCAGAGAGCAGGGGGAUCCCACUCUGUAGGUGGUUUUCGUGGAAAUGGGGUUCAGGGUCCCAGGCUUUGGCUGGCUGUGACCCUGACGGGCCCCCUUGAGCUCUUCCUUGACCCCCUCUCAAGCCCCCUCCCCAGAGCAUCAGUCCCCAGACUAAGGGAGCGGCCUGAACCCCCAGCCAGUGGGGCCCUGUGGGACAGCCCUGGGGCCAAGGCUGAGCGGGGGCCGUCAGCCCGAGGUCCCUCCUUCUGGCUGGUGUGGCCCACCUGGAUGCCGCGUCAUGUGCUGCCCAGCGGGCACCAGAGGCCCAGGUGCCAGGCCACACACAACACCCCAGGAGGGCCCUGAGCAGAGGGCCUGUGCCCCUGCCACCCUGAGGGGGGCUGAGGCCAUGGCCCAUCCCCCCGCAGACCAGGCUGCUGACCUCUCAGCCCUGAGUAGCCCCCUCCGUGGUCAGUGGUCCUUCAGCCCGGCUAGUAGAAGCCGCCCUUUGGCCCAGUUCUGACUUAAACCUCCGCCCCGACAAAGGCCUGGGCCUCGGGUCACUCGGGGGCCCAGGAUCCAUGGGCGGGGCCGGCAAUCCACGGACUGCUCUUUAGCAUGACUUGCCCACCGUCCCAUUGGACUUGCCCGCCACACAGCCUGUCCACUCACUCGCUCCCAUUUUCAUUCAUUGAGCACCUACUGUGUGCCAGUCUUUGUCACGGACCCUGGGGGAGCCCCAGCCGUCCCGGGGCCAUGGACUAUGCGGAGAGCGGUCAGCAGGGGCCCAGAAGAUACGCAGGGAAGGUGACCGAGAAGGGGCACGUGUGGUGAGGGGUGCAUGCCUCUUGCCCUCGGGGGUCUGCACUGGCAGCUCCGCGGAGGGGGAGCCAGCCCUGCAGACACCGGGGAAGACAGCCCACCCGCGCGGCCGGUGUGGGGCCUGGCGGGGAGACCACUUGGGCCGGCCCAGUGGACUUGUGGUGAGUGGACUUUAGGGGCUCUGGUGUGGACACGAGAGACCCGUGAAAAGGCUGACCCUGAAAUGUGGCGGCAGGCACCGAGCUCUCGUGUUUCAGGCGAGGACACUGUGGCCCAGAGAGACGUGGGGUGACCGGGGCUGGGCCCUGUAGUCCCCCCUCCCAGCCCAGCCCCACAGGGUUCUCCAGGCCCCUUAGUGGGCAAGUGUGGACCCUGUGCCGGUGGAGAUGGAGGGGGCGCAGGGUGCCCUGUGGGGAGUGUGGCCAGGCCCAGAUCCCACUCUCCUGGCGGCGGGUGGGGGCCCAGGCCUGGCUGCUGACCUCACCGCCUUCCGGGAGUGGCUAUCUGCGGCUGGGCCGCCUAUCUCUGCCGCGAGUGCUAAUCGAGCCGGCUUCCUCCUCCGCCCUCCCGCCCGCUUCCUGCCCUGGCUGCCCCCAACCCUGAGGCCGGGCGUCUGAGCGUCCGCCUGUCCCGCCAAGGCCUCCAGACAUCAGGGGUGCGGGGCCACCCGGCCCCGCCUGGAGCCCCUGGAGAGUGCAACCCCUCCUGGAAGUGUGCUUCCUCGUCCUCCUGGGCCCACUGUGGCCUGGGGCGCCUCAGCUCACCUCCCCCCGCCACCUCCCAUGGAAUGCGCAGGCCGCACACAGGAGGAUGCCCAACGCCGGGCCGGCUUCACGACAGGCAGUUAGGGCCGCGCUGUGCCCUGACUGUUGUCAGCGCCUUCGCUGGCGAGGGACCUGCACGGCCGCGGUUACUGCCACCAGCACUGGUGACCGUCCAGCUACUCCUGGCUGGGGGGGCCCACUGACCAUGGGCAUCAGGACAGACUGACUUCUCGCCAUCCCCACUCCUACUGGGUGUGUGGCCUGGCACGUGGGCCGUGCAUCUGUGGGACGGGAGACCGGACGCUCGGGCCAUCUGGAAGAGCCAGGAGGGCUGAGGAUGGCGGGCGGGGCGGCAGAGCGGUGUGUGUGACGUGGGGCCCCCUCCAAGCCCGCACGGGGGGCACCUUGGGGUGACCUGGGGCUCACGGCCCUGGGGGCGGGGGCAGGGCCGCCCUCAUGCCUGGCUCUGUCUGUCUCGGGAUCUCCCCGCAGCCCAGGUAGCAGGCGACUCUGGCCGGCCCACCUGACAGGUGAGGAAGGCAAGUUGCAGAGGGUCAGCCAGACCAGGAGGGGAGCCGCCUACCCGGCCUUCCCGAUCUAACAGUGUCCCUGAGCCCCUCUCACGCGGCGCUGGGCUCCUUAUUUAUUUAUUUAUUUAUUGUUAGUGCUCUGUCUGCGCGCUAACUUCUUAUUUCCUCACCGCGUGUUUCCAUUACUACGGCAGUGGACGCGACCGAUAAGAUCGGUGCCUGGAGAUGGGACAAAGGGGCUGCCAUCGGCUCGAGGGCUGGUCAUAUCCUGCCCGAAGGGGCCGAGCGGGGCCUGAAAUGAGCGAUGCUAUCGGGGCAUAUUGUGUGUUGGGGGGAGGGGUCCUGCUGCCUUGGCCACCCCUCCCCCUCCAGACGAGCCUCUGUGUCCACCCCUCCCCAACCCCAUCCCCACACACGCCCUUCCACUAGGUGGCCCUGGCAUCUAGCCAGCCAGCCCGAGUCCCAGGUCCACUGUGGUUUCCGUGGGGCUGGGAGCUGCUGGGCGCAGUGGGUGCAAGUUGGCCACCGCAGCCCCGUGAGUGCUCACACACGUCCAGGUGCUCAGGCCAGAGCCGCCCAAGCCCCUCAGGGCGCUCAGAUGCCCCUGCCUUGACUCAGCAGUUCAACUUCUAGGAAUUUACCCCAGAAAAAGUAAUCUCAAAUGCAGACAGGCAUAGGGUGGUGUGGUAGUGUGGAUAAUCGUCGCCGCGUGCGGAAGAUAGUAAGCCAUCAGUUUUUAUUUCUGCGGCUCUGCAAAAUGUCCACACGAAAGGGGAGAAAUGAUUCCCAAAGAAACGGAUUGUGCACAGACCCCCUGCCAUGCUGUGUGUGCCUACUGCCGCUGCCGCCUCACCGGUCCCAGGCCUUUCUGCCUCCCCUGUGGGCCCGGGACCUGACAGUGAGGGCAGGAGCCAUCACCUCGGCAGAUGAGAGGGGUGCGGAUCCCGAGGCAGAGAGCAGGUGGAGCCCAGCCUUGGGGUGCAGACACAUGUGCUCUGUGGAGGGUCAGCGGGGGUGCCCUGGAGGCUCCUGGGCAGAGGCUCAGAGGAGGGCUCUGUGUCUGGAGCUGGGGCUGGCCGGGGCCUGCUGUAUGCAGGAAGCAGGGCCCUCUGUCCUCUAAGCCACCUCUUCCUCGGCCCCUGCCCCGCCCUGCCCACCCACCCCCCACCCCCCCCACACGCACACACACACACAGGGGCAGGAAGAACAGAGGGCUGGACAGGAAUCACGGGCUGGGCUUGAACUCAGUCACCACCGCACUGCGUGGCCAGAUCCCCUCUGACCCUCGGUCUCCGCCUCUGUGAACGCAGAGAAUCGCCACCCCCAGGGCACGUGGUAGCUUGAGGACUGAGUCAUCCGCAUCCUGGGAGCAGGUGUCUGCAGGUCCGCACGACUCCUGAGAGGGGCUCACAGUUCCUGGGACCGGCCUCAUGCUGGGUCAUCCUCAGGUGCCCCAGGCCAGUGCCCCAGAGCCCUGGGGCCUUGGGUGACACAGGCCUCCCCAGGCUCAGCCUCCUCUGUGGGUGGAGUGGCCCAAGGGUGCUCACACAGGGUCUGCCAGCUUCUCCCAAGGGAGAUUCUUACUCCCUAGGGGCCGGCCCUGCGGGGUGGUGUGGUGUGGCAACUUCCUCGAUGAUGUUGGCUAACCUCAGUGCCCACCACUGCCCUCAGGGCCGGAGUGGGCCCCUGCCAGGCUGGGGUGGUGCCCUGGCAGUGGCAGGGUGGGCACCCUCUCUUUACCCUCCCAACCAUCCAGCCUUGGCCUAGAGCCUCAGCUGCCUUCAUGCCCACCACUCCUGCCUAUUCACAGUAGAGAGACAGGGCCCGAGGGGCAGGUGGGUGGGGCCCCAGGGUACAGGGGGUAGCGGGGCCAGCCGGGCCAACUGAGAGGUGGUGAGCUGGAAGCCGGCCAGAAAGAAAGGCCCUCGGUGGCGUUGGACCCUGGAAAACAGGGCCGGGGCCAGGACGCCCAGGCUGAUAGGAGCCUGAUAAGCUGUUUGCACAGGAGGUAUUUUCCUUACCUUAUCACAGCUCCUGCUUCCAGCCCACCCCUCCAGGAGCAGGCAGGGCUAGGGAGAGCCAGGGACCCCCGCCCACCCGAUUUCUCAGGCCACAGGGUCUCUCCUGAGAUCAGAGUCCCAGGGCCCAGAGCUCCUGGGGCCCUCUGCCCACUCCGCAGAUGGGAAGGCUGAGGCCUGGAGACCAGGACAGUUCUUUUCUUCUUUUAAGCUUUUCGGGAAGGCUGGAGAGACCAUGCGGCCACCUACUUUGAGGCCAUGGGGCCCCACAGGCCGGUGGGCGAGGGGGUCAGUCAGAACCCUGGUGUGGGGCCGGCCCCGCCCUGCGCUGCUGGCUCUCCUGGGCAGUCCCAGUCUGCCAUUAGCCGGGGCCAGGGUUCAGCCCGACAGAGAUAGGCUGUUGUUCUGUGUCAAAAAAUCAAUAAUCCCAGCGAUGUCCCAGCGAUAGGAAGAGAGUCACAGCACCAGCUGGCGGGGUGGGGGUGGGCAGGGGCUCAGCACCUGGGGGCUGGCGUCACCCGCUGGUGGGUGGGGCCAGUCCACAGUGGACUCCAGGCCCAGGGGCCAGCAUGUCCCCCUCCUUGCCCAUUCCGCGUGCCAGCUCUUCACAGAUGGGAAGCGGGAGCCCCAGAGGUGGCUCUGGGCCUCCAUCCAUCUGGGGGCUCAGGGCAUGUGUGGGCGGGCAUGGGGGCACACCCCACCCCCCGGCCCCACACGACCAGCUGCCCUUUCUCCCAGGCCUGUGGCUCAUCAGCAGGGCCCGGGUGCUCAGCCCCAGGUCGGCCCCCCUGCCACCGUCCUGCAGACAGAUGCCCACAGGGUGGGCUGCACUCUCAGACACAGCCAGCCGCCAGUGCCCCCCGCCCAAUGGGUACGUUCUAGGGAGAGACUGAGAGUCACUGAAAUGCACACGUGGGCCCCUUGGCGCUGGAGGCAGCUCAGGGCACAGUGAGCUGGUGGAGGCACCCCGCUGCAUGAGGGGACUUAGGAACAGAGGCCCCCAGCCAGAGUGUCCAGGGCCCUGCCCACUGAAAGGCCCUCCCUGGCCCAGGCCCUGUGGUGCCUGGCACCACUGGCCCACAAUGGACGGGCCUCCGUGCCGCCCCACCAGCCCCCUCUGCCGUCGGCUCCUGGGAACCUGCCUGCCUGCCAGCUCCACCCCGCACUAGGCGGGCCCCAUGAGACACAGGCGGCAGGUGUGCCCCACCCUAAGGGAGGGGCUUGAGAGGGGUCCUCUGGGUCUGAGCUCCAGCCCUGCCCCCACCACCUGCCGCUGUGAGUGCAGGGUCUGUGGGCAGCUUCUUGCAAAGGAGCUUCUGGGCUCGAAGCCCUUUGAAAACCUCUGGCCUGGAAUGAGAAGGCCAUCUCAUUCCAGGGAGGCUCAGCCUCUGCCCAGCCUGGAAUUCAGGGGUGCUGGCAGAGGGCACCAGGCCGGCAGACAAGUGGGAGACCCUCGAGCGGCGGUGCGCCCCGCGGCAUGCAGGGGCCACAGGGGCAGCUCCCAGGAGUCCUCUCAUCUGACUUUCCCUGUCAGUGAAUCGGGCAUCAUCUUGGUCACGGCCACAGCUCCAGAGCCGCACCCUUGGUAACGUGAACUACACAGCAGAGAUCUGGUGGAGCUCGGCCCCCAGAGUGGGUGUAGGAUAGCGUGGCAUCUGAGGCCGAGGGGUGGCAGGCAGCACUGGGCUCCAGCAGGUCGUGGUCCUAUGGGAGCCAGAGCCUGGCUCUGUCUCAGCAUCCAGUUACCCCCACGAGGCCAGAGACCCCGGUGUAUGCCAUACAGUUCUUAAUUCAUUGCAGCCCGUCACCGUUUUCAUACAUGCCCCCAGCUCCUCCAGCUGUUUCUGCUGGUUCUAGGCUCUCCUGCCAGGGUCCAGGUACUCUAAGGGGCUCCCUGGGAACACCCAGGCUGGAGGCAGAGGGGAAACCCUCACCCAGCCCCAAAGAGCCACUAAUCCUCCAAGCACUCAAGUGCCUUUGCUCUGAGCCAGUGUCUCCCUGAGCUGUCUUAUCUAGAAGUUACGCUUCAGGUUAGUCCUUCCAUCUUGGCUACGCCACUGCUGUGGGCUCAGGGUUCCAGGGCUAGGACUGGUGUCAGGAUGGCUUCCCACCCCGCUCAGCUCCCCUGUGGAACAGAGACAGGAUCGUGCCUAGGGCCCAGAGUGCUCAGCCUCUGCUUGUGCUGGCUUUGCUGUGAGCGAGAGCAUACUGCCUGGGUGGGGUCGCGGGUUGGGGUCAGGGAGAUCUGGGCUUCACCCUCCUGUGCUGCUUGCUGGCCCUGUGACCUAAGACCAUCCCCUGACCUCUCCAAGACAUGUUCUCCUCACCUUGCAAUGAGUGGCAGAAAUAGACCCCACUGAUUUUACCCCAAAGCUUAACCAUGUUCCUUUGACACUUUGUCCUCGUGAGUCACAGCUGGGAGCCUGAGUCUGUGCAAAAGGCACAUGGUCACUAGUGACGGCAGGGUCAGGCUCAAGCUCUGCCCCUUAUAGUUUCCCGAUGUAGGAUUCAGGUGUGGCCUGAUCCAGGCCAUCUUCUGGUCCUGAGGCCUAGAGGGCGGGACAACUUAGAGAAAGCCACCUGUCAGCAGCCAGGGUGAGAGUCUUGCUGCCACCCAGCCUGGGGCACCAGCCCGGGUGGGAGAAGCCACAUGGCUCCAGCAGGUGUGUGGGCCUCCUGCUGAGCAGCUGGCUGCCCACCAUGCACGUUGACCUUGCUGGCUCACCCGGGCACAUCCCACAGCAUUGCUUGUGCCGCAGGACCUGGGUCCCCCUCCUGGCCUGUCCCCAGUCCCCUCUUCUGGGCUGUGUUCCCCCGUCUGUAAACAGGAAUCAAAAGCAGGCCGGCAGGUAGGACCUAGGGUGGGAGCGUUCCAAGGAGAUGAUGGGAGUUUGCCGUCCGCCAGCGCAGUCUGCCCUUCCAGCCAGAUCACAGGAGAGCCACACACAGGCAGGGGCCUCAGCACCGGCACAGACAGACCCUCCCCUCCCAGCCCAGAGACUCCACGGCCACAGAGCAGGAGGGAAGGUGACCAGCUCCAGGUCUUGUGUGUCCAGAUGGGCCCCCACAGCCUUGGUGGUGCCCACCCCACCUGGCCAGGGUAACCCCACCGCCUGGCCUACUGUGUGACCUUGGGGGAGGUGCAUGCCCCCUCGGCCUGCUUGCACGUUGGUGCGGGACGUGCUGCUCUGGGACCAGGCCCUUGGAGAGUUCUAGAACCCGCCAGGGCGGAGCCUGCUCACUCUAGGGUUUUCUUCAUCUCCCUCUCACUCCUUCUCUCCCUUUUCUGUGACUUUUAUCAAAGGCAAACAGCGUGAUCCCUGAGAUAGGGCCGCUCCCGACAAAGCCGGGGCCAGCUGGCCCCCGGGAGCCGCAGGGCAGGGCUGGGCGGGAGCGAUGAGGCUGAUUAGAUAAGUGGGUUCUGGCAGUGACCCCAGGGUGGGCACCCACACACCGAUCCCAGAGCCCACCGUUCAGGGCGGGGACUGCCAGGUGGCUGGCCUUUGUACCCUGGAGGCCACUGGCCAUUAGCACAAAUGGAGCCCGGCCCCUGGAAGGAGGGGCCAGCUAGCAGGGCGCGGGGCAGGCCCGGGCUCACAGACACUCCUGCGGACAUCAGGGCCCUUCGGUCAGAACUGCCAAGCGGCCAGCGGGCCGUGGCUCGGCCGGACUUGGGGGUGGCUGGGCUUGUGGGUUCCGGAGCCAGAUGGUCUGGGCUGAGGCCCCGGAUGCUCCCUCAAGAAGGAGCUCGGGUCUGGUCAGGUGGCGGCAGCUCUUGCUGAGCAGCCUCAAGCAGGUUGCUUGAGCUCUCUGGGCCACUCCAGUGGAAGCGCAGGCAGACCAGAGCCUCCUCACUGUUUGUUUUGCCUGUUGUUGAAGGAGGCCGCCAAGGACUCCAGGUUGUGGGACAGAGCUGGGGGCAGGGCCGAGUCUAAGGACAGCUCUCCGCAGCCCUGGCAGGACCAGAGGUGUGGAAACACCCAGGCGCAGGGGAGGGGACAUGCCAGGCCCAUGUGCUGACCGGCACCAUCUUUACUCUCGGAGCCACCAGCCCAGCAGGUGACCCGAGGCUCAGCAAGAGCCAGGCAGUGGCUGGGCUGGGACUCCAGACCCCAGUGCUCCCAGCCGCCACCCCAUCUGCUGGGCUCCCACGCCAGGCCUGGGGUGGCCAUGCCCAGUCCUGCCUCCUUUCUCUGGCCCCUCAGGAUGCCAUUGAAGCAGUCUGAAACCUAAAUAGAUGUUUAAAUCAUGUAAAUAUGCAAAGGCUGAAUUUUCUCAUCGGGACUCUCACACAAGCUUUGGGGGUGAAAUUGAAUCCCAGCAUGGCAUGUUUGUUCUGGAAAUAGUGUGUGUGGGGUUGUUUGCCAGAAUAAAUUAGUCUCUGUCCCGACACUGCCGGUAGUGAUGGCCCGACCCCCAUCCACACAGGACUGCCCCUCUUCCACACCAGGAGAAGCCAGCCCGCGACAGGAGAGCAGGGGCUACCCACUGUCCCCACUGCCCUCCAGCAGCCUCUCCCCGCCCUCUCUUCUCUAUCUCUUCCUGCCUCCACCCAGGAAGACCCAGAAAAGGGUGUCAGGGCCCUGACCAGGAGCGUGCUAGGGCUCUGGUCAAAUCCCACCAGCCAGCUGUGUACCCUGGGCCGGUCUUUUAACCUCUCUGAACCUCAUUCUCUCCCCCUGUACGCCUGGGGUGGGGUGGGGGGUGGACAGCUUCAGCGUGGCUGGGAGGAAUCCCUGUGAUUUAUGGCAAGCGUUUGGCUAAGGUUCAAUAAACAGAAGCCAGAAACUCCAUUAGGACCAUGUUAAUUCUCAGGGCAGAUGGCAUCGUUCCCCCCCGUCCAGCUGUGGGGAUGGGGCUGUGGUAGGUAAGACAGGGAGGCCUCCGCGAGGACCUUGCUGGAGCUGGAGUCCUAGCUUCCCUGCUUGCUCCAGCUUCUCUGGAGCUGGGAGGAGGAGAUGGAGACAUGGUCACAGGAGGCUCCCAGGGUGAAGGACACCUCCACCUGGAAGCCCACCCUGAUUGGCCCACCAGUGGCACUGCCACCGCUGUCCAUGUUUCCUGGGAGUUCUGAGGGCGGAGGAUGUGCCACCCUCAGCUCUGCCCCAGGUACCUACCUGGUGUUUUGUUAAGUCCAAAGACGGUUCCGGUCCCACCCAGCCAGGCCUCACACUGUGGCUUGAGCACUCCCGGGCCUCCCUGGCUCCACGUUUCCUGUGAGUGCGGUUGGGAGCUGACCAUCUCCAAGGCCACCAGUGUCUAGAUCCUCUGGAGCUUUAGGGGCUGUUUAAAAAUAGCUGUGUCUUCCUGUCUGUCACGCAUCUGGUCAGCUGCCACCCCCAGCCCCUUCCUUGCUCAUUUGUACUUUAAUUCAUUCUCAAGUUUUGAAUGGAGCUCUCACUGAGUACCUAGUCCGCCAGGAGUAGGUGGCCUCACCCACCCUCACCCCUUUUUUGGAUACAGUUUUAUUUCUGGUUGGGAAAGGGUCUCUGAUAGGUGCUAACUGGGCUUUAACACCUGCUUGACUUGUGCUUGGGGUUAGGCAGGAACUGGGAGCCGGAAAUAGGUUAUCUGAGUGGUUGGAUGCUGAACAUCACCAGGGCCACCAUGGACAGUUGCACAGGUUGUGUACUGCACAAGUGCACUGAGUGAGCUGAGGCUGAGAUCUAGCCAUGUUCGCCCCACCGAGCCAGCCACCUGCUGUGGCCCUGACUCUGCCUACAUGCGGUACCCUUUCUAAUGCCCAGCCUCUCAGGAGUAGCCUCCCCUGGACUAGGGAAGUGGGUUCUGAUUGACUGUUGCCUGAUCCCCAGCUCACAUCCCUCAGGUCCCUGGCCUCCAUGCCUUUCCCAGGCCUGGGCCUGCCCUCAGCAAGCCCAAAGUGGGGGGUUCUACCUCAUCGUGCUGAACGGCUGCCUUUAUCAGGAGCCGUUCUCUCUGGCAAUGCAUGAUACCCAGCAGAUGGAGCGGGGGCCACGGGAAGCACCAGCCAUGCUGUUAUCUGGGAGCGGGGCCACUAGCCCUGGGGCGCGAUUAGGGAGCCGGCAGUUUGUCGUGGUGCAGCGUGGGUGGGUGCUCUGCCCCUUCCUCCAGGAGGCCGCCAGGGCUAGAGGGGCUUCGGGAUCCCACAGCUGCAGCAAGUCAGGGGCAACUGGGGGCCCAGGGCUGCACCCCAUCCCCCCCGUGGUGGGGACCUGGGCCAGCCACCCCCGUCCCCGCUGUGUCCCCAGGUCUGGGCAGGACUCGACCACUCUUGGGAAGACUGAAACGACUUCCUGCUCCUCCUCCUCUGGGGAAGGUGGGUGCUGGCCUCGGAUGGACAGCACUGUCUCCUACAGGGGUGCCCAGCUUGACAAACCAGAACAGGCCCCGGGCAGUGAGAGGACUGUCCCUGGCUUGUCUGUGGCCCCAGCAGCAGAACUGAGGCCCAGGGAGGGUCGUGGGCCUCCCUGCUCCAGAGGCCUGUGAGCGCGCAGACCCCACGAGGCUUGAAAGCUCUGGCUGUCUGCACAUCGGGGUUCGAAAAGAUUCCUCCUUGACCCCUGCCUCCAGUGGGGACAAUGGGAGGGAUGGGCAGUAUACCCUAACCCUGGUGGGCUCCCUCCAGCCUUGGAAGUAGCACCCACAAGGGCCCAGCAAGCUCGCCAUUAGGCAGCCUCUUCUGCUCCCCACAUUCCCACCCCCUGGGGCCAGCCAAGUGGAGCACCAGAGACCCAGGUACGCCCUAGAGAGCAGGGGCCUGGGCUCAGAUCCUGACCUCCCACUGUCAGCCUCACCACCUCUCGGGGCCUGUUUCCUCAUCUGUACUGGAAGAGGGAACAAGGGGAGGGCCGACGUCACAGGGCCGUUUGGGCAGGAACAGGUGACCGGUGCUGGCCAGUAACCUGCAGAGCCCUGGCCGGGACCCAGGCCAUCCUGGUGCGCGGUGGAGGACACAGCCCCUUGUGGGUGGGCCACAGAGCAACGGGGCAGUCUCUGCCCCUCCCCACAGGGCUGAUAAAGGGCACCGCCUCCUGGCCUCGUCCUGGUCCCCUGCCACCUUAUCAGCCCUGGGGAAGACAAGGACCCAGUUAGAACGUUUUAGCCAGGCCUCCUGGCGUAUUUGCACGUUAUCUGUGCCAUUAGGCCGGCAGUUAUCUGAUAAUCGGGCCCAUUAAGGCCACAGCCUGCCCGAUCAGGGAUCCAGGAAGUGGGGCCGACACAGCAGUGCUUGCUCGGGGUCCAGGCCAGGCCACAUGAGGCUUCUGUAGGCCCAGGUGGCACCUGAGGGACGAGGUGGCCCUGCCUUCCAGGGCAGAGGGCGUGUGGCCUGGGGAGGGACCGCCCUGUGGGGGCGUGGCCACCAUCAUCCCCUCCCUGUGGGCGGGUAACUUGCCACAUGUGUCUCUCCGGGGCGGCCCAGGGAAAAUCGCACAACCUUGGUGCCUUGAAAUGUCGGAAAUCUCUAUCACAGCUCUGGAGCUGAAGUCCCGCUCUUCCCCGAGGCUCCAGGGACAGUGUCCCCGCGGCUGUGUCAUGACAGUCCCUGCCCCAUCUUCACAGGUGCUUCUUCCUGUGUCCCCCUCACGAGGACACCCAUCGUUUGCUGUAAGGCCCACCCCCAGGUUGCAGUACAGUCUCUUUAGGGGCCGCCCUGUAGUCCACCCCACGAGGUUAUGUGGGUCGUGCAGCAAGGCCCAGCCGAGCCUGGGAGCCUGACUGCAGACACUGUGCAACCUGAAGUCCUGCCCCGUGAGAGGGACUGGGGGUGCUCCCAGCAGAGGCCAGCAGUCCACAUCCAUGGGACAGAGUCCUGCGGUGGCCACCCCACCACAGGAGCCACCACCCCGGCCACAGCACAGGCGGCCUCAGCCUGAGAGCCUUCGACCCCCAGUAGCACAGCAGACUGCUCAGAAAGGCAGCUGCUGACCAAAGGCCACAGCAGGAAUCCGGUCCAGACCUUUCCAGAAAGUGGGCAGGGGUCCUGCAGGGAGUGAUGGCACGGUCUGGCUGUGCCAAGGACCUCGGGGGCAGGACACUUAGCUCCUGCCCUGGCUCCCCUGCUGGGCCCUGUGCUCGGGUGCUAAGAGGACUGACUCACUCAACCUCACCCCAACCCCAGGAGGUGGGAGGUAUGCAGCCCCUGACUCAUGGUGGGAAACCAGCAUUUCCACAGCUGCCUGCAUAGGUGCGCUCUGCAGAUCUCGGACUCAAGCCGAUGGGAGGGGCCUGGGAGGACUGUGUGGUGGGACGGGAGGUGAGUCUCAUCGGCAUCGUCGUCCUCAGCAGUGUCGCCCCCAUGUAAGGCAGAGGGGGUGACCUGGCUCUGUGUGCGCGUCCUAAGCUGUGCAAGGCACACGCAUCCCAACGUGGCAGCCGUGGUUCCCGAGCUGUGUGCCCACCUGCUCAGAUCCAGUGGCAGGCACCCCUCGCUAUCUGGUUGCUGCAGCCUGCCAUCCCUCAUAAAAGGUCUGAGCACAGGGUCUGGCCUGGCCCCCAGGACCCAGCACCACCCUCGUAACCUGGGCCAGGCCACAGGGCCACCCACCCGUCGCCCGCCCUCCUCUGCCCUCAGUCCCCUGAAUGCUCCCGGGUGAGGGGGCCGCAAGGGCGGGCUGAGCCUGGGCAGCAGGCCGUCCUCACGCCUCUGGCGUCUCUCC